UAUACAGCCCCCCAUAACUAACUGAGACGUAUGGUCUGAGGGUUUGACCUCCUGUGGAUGCUACUGUCUCCUCCUGUCCUUGUGUCAUCUUUUUCUUCUCCUUCUUCUUUUCCUCCUGACUGGAAGCAAACAUGAGUUUCUACAAGCACUCAGCUCCCAGGAGUUACCUCAGCUCCACCAUGACCGACCGCUUCGACUGCUACUACUGCCGUGACAACCUGCACGGGAAGAAGUACGUGAAGAAGGACGAGAAGCACGUGUGCACCAAGUGCUUCGACAAGCUGUGCGCCAACACCUGCGCAGAGUGCAAGCGCCCCAUCGGUGCUGAUGCUAAGGUGGAACAGAGUGUGAGAGGUGUCGAGAAGAGAUAGAUGAGUGAAGCAUUUCAAAAAACAUAUGAUUGAAAAUAACAAAGAGACAAACUAUAUGCUGUGGAGGUGUGAAAACUCGACUGACAUUACGCUCAAAUGGAUUUGAUCCUGUUUCCAGGAUCGCAGAACGUGGAGUACAAGAACAAGGUGUGGCACGAGGAAUGCUUCACCUGCUUCGACUGCAAGCAGCCGAUCCGCACACAGAGUUUCCUGACCAAGGGUGAUGACAUCUACUGCGCCCCCUGCCACGACAAGAAGUUUGCCAAGAAAUGCUUCCACUGCAAGCAGCCCAUCACCUCUGGGGGGAUCAGCUACCAGGACCAGCCCUGGCACUCCGACUGCUUCGUGUGCCGCACCUGCCGCAAAUCUCUGGGAGGAAUCCGCUUCACGUCCUUCGAGAACAACGUCUACUGCGUGGACUGCUACAAGACCGACGUGGCCAAGAAGUGCCACGGCUGCAAGAACCCCAUCACAGGAUUCGGCCACGGCACCAACGUGGUGAAUUACGAGGGCUACUCUUGGCACGAUUACUGCUUCAACUGCAAGAGGUGCAGCCUGUCUCUGGCCAAUAAGCGCUUCGUCAUCACCGGGGAUCACAUCCACUGCCCCGACUGUGCCAAGAAGCUGUGAGCUGCACUGUCAGCUGUGGAGAAUAUCACGGUUUUAAAAGUGGGAUUACACCAAAACUGAUGUUUAGACUCUCAGUUGGCAACAAAACAAGUUUUCUCAUAAAAUUUAGUUUUGCAGAAAGAAAUUUGAGUCAAUAUUGGUGAAGCAUCUUCUUCUGAAGUGGACAGAUUAGGGGUUAUUUUAACUCAAUAUGCACUAUAGCUUGAAUCAUUUAUCGACAUAUACAUUACUGCAGCUUGUAUUAGUGACAGGGUGUCGUGUACCAUUACUCUAAUCUAAUCCAGGAUUCUGUUCAUCUUUACGAGAAGUAUUUUCAGUGCCUUACUGGAAUCUUCAGAGAAAUUAAAGUGCUGUUUACCUUCAAACUGCUGCUCAUACACACCAGCUUUGAUUAUUAAUCUGCUUCGUCUCUUGAGGCCUGGAUGUAUUCUGAGCGUUUAAAAUGAUGUUUAGAGUGAAUUUAAAUCACAUUAGGAUUUUGAGAUUGAUGCUGAAAUAUAAACUGCUCCUGUAUUCAAGACUUUGAGUGUAAACAAGAAUAAAAAUAAAUAAAUAUAAAACAUGGCAAAGGAGUAUUUUUGCAAACUUUAUUGUUGUAACAGUUUGUGUCAACUCAGUACACUUUUAGAUAUAUUUACAGUACAAAUUGUAUUUUCUGAACAGGGCGUUGUUAGGUCUGUAAAUCUUUCAGAGAAAUGUUCAAUAUUCACACAGUUGCCCUGGUUGGGUAAACUGAUUGUCGAGGCUGAGGUAAAGACAAACUUUCUUAGUAACAAGUGAUACAAUAAAAAUACUAAAUCUCAAUCUAAGGCACCGUUCUAUCCUAUUGUAUCAGACAACGUUGAGCGCUUGAGCCCUAAAAGAUGCAGCAGGACCUGGAAUAGAUACAGUAUCUGUUCAAGCAGCAGCUACAACAGCCCCCAUCGGGUGCUACUCAGGAGUGGAAGGAGGGGUAGGAGAGGUCUGGGAGGAGUUUGGGUGUAGAAGUGAGUAGGUAGAAGUUUCAGGUUAUGAAUGAGACUUUUAAAAUUCUGAGCGCGAACACAAAGCCAAGACGACAUCUUCCAGAAUAUCACAUAACUCUCCUUCGGCUCUGUACAGUAAAGCUACUCUUAUGUUACCAUUCUUAAAACGCAGCGAGUACUUUGUAACAGUGCAAAGAGUUUUGUGUUUUCUACAUGAAUAAUAACACGAAAGCUAAAAGCGGGCAGCUUUUGAGAGAUGUGGUAAAUAAUGAAGGACGGUUUAUGGAGUCUGUUACAUUCUUUGAGCUUAUUAAUGAAAGCCAGUUUUAGUCAGCCAGCAGAGAACAAGGCAAAAACAAAACAUCAAGGUCCCCAAACCUGGUGCUUGGACAAUUCAAGCAUCGGGAAUUUCAACAUUUCAGUACAAAAAUCCAGAACAGACAGUACAACAAUGCGGGAAAACAGGUCUGGCCCCACGUCGUGUUUUGUUCAGCGGAUGUGCAUCGUCGCAACGGAGGAGCCGACAUCUCCUCAUCCUUUGAUAUUUUGUAAAACAUAUUUCAGUGACUUUAAAAUCAUUGUGAGGCACAGAUAAGACUGAUUUCAAGGGUCAGACAUGUUGCUGAGGGCUGUAUGCAAGAGCUCGGCCCACCAUCAAAAUGUUGACUUUUUUGUGAGGCAAUAACUGAAUCAAAACCAGAGCUUGGGGACAAUGAAAGCCUGACACACACCACAGCGACAAACACAAAGUGGGCCCCGGCUUGGCCCCUUGUUUUUGCAGAGCUCUGAAAGAGGGCUCCAGUUAAAUGUUAGUUUUCCAAGAUGCCCUACGCCAAACCUGACUUCCCUCACAGGACACGUGUCAACAACAGAAACCCUAAAUCUUAUAAGCACAUACACAUACUUCAAUUAUCCACAUCCUGACACCACUCCCACCGGAACAUGGCUUCAUUUGCCUAAUACUGAUUAUAUACACGAUACAAUAACACUUAAAUAUAUGUAGAAAUGUAUUUUCAUAUAUAAACAAACAAAAAGCCAAAUUUGUAUAUUAUCAAAAAUAGUUGAAAUGCAUUUGUUUCAGAUGCAGCAGCUUGUGUAAGAGGAAGUUUUCGAGGGAAGUUAGUGGGACACGAGUGAGAUUAAUGAUAAAGCCGCACGGGUGGAAGGAUGGAAGGAGGAAAUGUGUGUAUGGAUGUGAUGGAGCACAAAAUUGAAAAACUGAAGUUGAAAGUUUAAAAUUAUUGACAGAACAGCCAAACAUUCAAGUUCAGGUCAGUUAACAGACACUGUUUUUCAAAGACACUAUGAAUGAGCCUAAUAAACUUCACUUGUGUUUAGUCACUGAGUCAAGUUCUUUAGGCAGCUGAGUGGAACAGCUGCAGCUGUCGUCACUUCAGAUUUUUAGACACUAAAACUGGAAACAACUCAAGAAACAUACAGUUUAUACACAUGGAACCUAAACGAACUGCGAAACUCCAAAUCCACAAACUGCUCGGGCUUCAACUAACCUUUGAAUUCACAACUGUGUCGACUUUGAAUCUCGACACCAAACAGCUUCAAACGUUACAGUUGAGCACCUGAAUCCCUCUAGCGGCCAAUGCAGGAAACACAGGGAGGGAGAAGCAGGGAGACGAGUGUGUGGUUGGCUUGAAAAAACAAUGUGGUGAAAGAACCGAGAUGUGCCAGGUGAAGCAUGAAUACAGAAUCCGCUCCCAACUGAGACGGCUAAACUGUGCGUGUAUGAGCUUUUAGCACAAACAAUUUAGUAUGUCCAUACUUAAAAUGUUGAGGUUGGGAAACACGAUAAGGCCAUAUUGCUGGAUGCUGCAAAAACAGCCGGUCAAGUAAAUUUAGAUGAAUCACAUGCAAAUCCUGGGAUGCAACCCGCCCCCUCAACCCCCGACAGAACAGACCAUUUUAACAUUCCUUCCAUUUACUCACAAUGUCUACCUCAUCGUCAGUUCACGCAUGUGUCCUGGAAUAUUGUCACAGAAGAGAAACAAAAACAAUAAUAACAAUAAUUACAAUAACAAAGAAGCCAAAAUUAAUAAAUUACAACAAUGCACCCCUGACAAAGCUCUUAAAAAACAUCGACAUUGGACACAACACAGGAAAAAAAAAACACGUGGGA